AUGGGUAGCCUGACCAUUAUCCAGUUACUCCUUCUCGUGGCUGUGGCAGCUUCCCUGGCCAGUGGACAGAGCACCUCCGGUGGUUCCACCUUUGUCAUCAUACCCGUAGAAGACGAGGUACAAACGACAAACUCUCCAGCAGAACCUGGAGAUGCCGCAAUACUCGAAGAUAAUGCCAGUGGUGGUUGCCCGUCGUUAGCAUCCAACUUGUUAGCCAACCCGGGUAUCAAGAAUGGAACGCGCCUAUCCCUGCUGUUGGCACUCCCUUUGACGUACAAAGGUGAAGCCUAUUUGAACCCAGGAUUCUUCCAAUUAGCGUCUGCUCUCAUGGCCAUGGACCACUUUAACGAGCGAAAGACGUCCAUCAUACCCGAACUGGCGGACUUUCAAGAAUGCCCAAUUCAGAUCGACUACGACAGCCUACUUGUGAUGGACACUGGGACUAUUCAGAGCAACGCCAUGAGUACGCUAAUGAACGCCAUGGAAAAUCGGACACAUCUGCCCAGUGCCAUUGUGGGUCCCUAUAAUGAGAUUCCUGCUACGGAGCUAAGUGUGUUGGCGUCCGCCAUGCAAAUACCCAUGGUGACGCACCGUGGUCUGGAUCACAACUUGCUGUUACCGAACAAGCACCCAUUUGUGAGUCAGGUGAACCCUGACCUGUAUGCGGACAUGUUAUUUCUGGGAGAUUAUCUACAACAUACCGGAAGGACAGACUACAUUGCUGUUUUGUAUGCAGCUAGUGCUGACAGUGCCAUUCAACGAUUGGAAGUCUUUCGGGGAGUGGCCCAGUCCCUCCACAUGAAACAUGUCCAGUCCUUUGGCUAUGUCUCCACGUUAACCCCGGUGGACUCGCAUCAUCCAUCGCAGAACAUUACCACCGCCAUGAAGAAUCUGAAAGCCUCUGGUUACCGUACGAUUGUUUGGCUGACGCCCUUCUUUGACGAAGACAUGCAACCAGUAGGUCGAGCGGCGCGCAAAUACAGGCUGGAUCAGGGAGAUCAUUUUUGGGUCAUUGGAACUGCCAUCAACAUUGACAAGCCAUUGGAAUCUCCAUCAGACAAUGAGACGGACUGGGGAUCCGAGGAAGGGUGGGGAUCAGCAGUAACACGAGAAAACGGCUUGGAUAUGGAAAACAUGGAUAUCGAAGAUCUACGUGUGGAAGACCUUGGUGAUCUUCAUAUAUUAGAUACAGAGUUCAAUGCCUUUGACGAUGUUCGAUUCAUGAGGAAUGCAGCCUUUCUGAAGCAAGCCGAGCUCCUGGAUGUAAGGGAUCCAAAUCAUUCUCCCUUCAUGGCGGAGUGGACCCAAUUGAACGAUUCCUUCGUCGAACGAAUGUUGCAAUUGAAUCCGGUGGAAACCCAAGCGUACCACAAAGAGUGGAAACAAUACAAGUUCUUAAGUCCCAUGCUGGGCUGGGUGGCGAGCAAGGACUUUCCCGCUGGGCAGUUUCCACCGAAAGACUUGUUCUCCAAGCCAGUUCCAUUCUUAUCAACACCGCCUUCGGGGGCCCUCAACCUCUAUGACGCUAUUAUGGCAACCGGCAUGGGUGCUUGCAGGGCAUUUGGUAACACCAAAAGGGUGCAAGAGGAUGCCAGAACUGUAGCAGACACCGAAGACGUGUCGGCUGGGGAACUACUACAGCAAGGAAUUAGAUCGGUAAACUUCAGUGGGGCCAGUGGCACUGUGCAAUUCGGGGACGGUUACCCUGGAAGCCGAAUGGGAUCCACUGUGUCGUACGAAGUUGUGAACCUGUUUCCUUCAGGAUUUUUCAGUGAUCUUUAUACGGUUUCAGAAGUGCGGAACGCUUCGGACAUGGAAUGGUAUGAGAUUAAUCCAUUCGUCUAUGCUGGCGGCUCGAUGACUCCACCAGAGCCGCUUCGUGACGAGGCAGACCAAAACUAUUUGAGCAAAGGAGUGAGAAUUGCAGGCCUGACUCUAAUGGGCACAGCAUUGCUUUCCAUUCUUGCUUCAUUCAUAUGGGUGGUCGUGUACCGGCAUCAUUCUAUUGUUGUUGCAUCACAGCCGGUCUUCCUCUAUUUCAUUUGCUUGGGAUCAUCGUUGACCGCUUUGGCGAUUCUGUUCCUUUCCUUUGAUGAAUCUCAUGGGUGGGAUGCUAAACAGCUCACAGCAACUUGCAAAGCUGUUCCGUGGUUGGUGGUGCUGGGACACAUUUGGACCUACAAUUGCUUGUUCACAAAGCUUUGGAGGGUCAAUCGUGUUCUCCAGUUUUCGCGAAGAAAAGUCAACUUGAUGCACGUGCUGUGGCCAUCCUGGUUGAUCGAGUUAGCAGCCAUCAUUCUGCUAUCAGUGUGGACGGCAACUACAGAUUUUCAUUGGGACAGAUACGAAGUUGAUGAAACCACUGGGGAGUCAAUGGGAGAGUGUUCCGGGGAAAAGGAGUAUGCCUUCUGGAUACCAAUAUCUAUCCUAGUCAUGAUACCGACCUUUCUUACAGGAUUGAUGGCAUUCAAGACAAUUGAUGUGGAUGCAGCGUACUCUGAAGCAAAGUGGAUCUUUGCUCUCAUGCUUGUCCAGUGCCAGGUCAUUGUAGUAUCGGUGCCGAUGUUGUUCAUCCUGGGGGAUGUUUCCGCCGAUGGACGAUUCCUAGGCUCUUCUUUGAUUCUAUGGACCUUUCCCAUGACUACAAUCCUGUUGAUCUUUGUGCCCAAGAUGGUGGCAGUACAUUUCCCGCCGGAUGCCCGCCGCGAAAGUCGAGGUGCAUCAGGCAGGGUCAGGGUUUCGGGACUUGCAACAUCCGCCGAGGACAAGUCGGCGCUUUCGACAGCUCAUUUCUCACGACCAUCGCAUGUUUCAACAGUGCAGUCCGAUGGAUCUGCAAUGACUCAGUCGGCCGUUUCGGCCUUGACGCAGUCGAAUCGUCACUCCCUUGUGACGGUGCAUUAG